GCCACCCGUGAGCAAAUCGUUCGCUCGAUCUCGCUCUGUCGAUCGAGUCCGGUAGUGGAAGCCAUUUUAUUCUUGUGAAUGUGACAAAGUAUUUUUGGGGAUUUUUGUAUCUAAACUAAACGUGUCAAUGUGUGCCAAUAACGAACGGCGAUUGUGACGUGUGAUAGUGCUCUCAAAACUGAGAAUGUACGUGUUUCAAAUUGGUUUGUGUUGACCUGCCCCGUUUCUUACGCGGUCGCACCAGGCAGGCAUCGAUUAGUGCAACAAGGCGGCCUCUAAUAACGGCAAAUCGAGGCUCCGGACUAUUUUGUGGUGUGCGCCAUGGGCAAUAAUGCUGCCACCGCCAACAAGAAGGUGGACGCCGCCGAAAGCGUCAAAGAAUUCCUCGACCAGGCCAAAGAGGAUUUCGAGGAGAAAUGGAAGAAGAAUCCUACCAACACCGCCGGAUUGAACGACUUCGAGCGGAUAAAAACUCUCGGCACGGGGUCCUUCGGCCGAGUUAUGAUAGUCCAACAUAAACCGACGAAAGAAUAUUAUGCUAUGAAAAUAUUAGAUAAGCAAAAAGUCGUAAAACUGAAGCAGGUUGAGCACACACUAAACGAAAAACGUAUAUUACAAGCUAUCAACUUUCCUUUUUUGGUGAGCCUCAAAUUUCAUUUCAAGGACAACUCGAACCUGUACAUGGUUCUGGAGUAUGUGCCAGGUGGUGAGAUGUUUUCGCAUUUACGUAAAGUGGGUCGCUUUUCAGAGCCCCACUCGCGUUUUUACGCGGCGCAGAUAGUGCUCGCCUUCGAAUAUCUACACUACCUUGACCUCAUCUAUCGAGAUCUCAAACCGGAGAACUUGCUUAUCGACUCACAGGGCUACCUCAAAGUGACCGAUUUCGGCUUCGCCAAGCGAGUCAAAGGUCGUACGUGGACGCUAUGCGGAACGCCAGAAUACCUAGCGCCCGAAAUUAUUCUUUCUAAAGGGUACAACAAAGCCGUGGACUGGUGGGCGCUGGGCGUGCUCGUCUACGAGAUGGCAGCCGGCUACCCGCCGUUCUUCGCUGACCAACCGAUCCAAAUUUACGAAAAAAUCGUCUCUGGCAAGGUCCGAUUCCCCUCGCACUUUGGGUCGGACCUGAAGGACCUCCUACGCAAUCUACUGCAGGUAGAUUUGACCAAGCGUUAUGGCAACCUGAAAGCUGGCGUGAAUGACAUCAAAGGUCACAAGUGGUUCGCCAGUACCGAUUGGAUCGCCGUCUUCCAGAAAAAGAUCGAGGCGCCCUUCAUCCCUCGCUGCAAGGGCCCCGGAGACACGAGCAACUUCGACGACUACGAGGAGGAAGCAUUGCGUAUCUCAUCGACUGAGAAGUGUGCAAAGGAGUUCGCCGAGUUCUGAGCGAGUAGCUGGUGCCUGCGAGCGGACACUACCGUGAGUAGGAGUUUUGUAUUAGUGAAUCUUCCGUGACAUUGUGGUCGUGGAAUGGUGACAUGUGCAACUGUUUGCCGGCAGCUCUGGGUGAACAUAGACGCUGAAGCGCACCCCGGCUGGCACCUCAGAUGAAACAAGUUCAGAGUGUAAGCGAGAUGGUAGUAGAUCCGGUUUCCAAUGUUUUGGUGGCGUUCAUUUGCUUUGUGCCCUUUCAAGUUGUAUAUUAGAGCAGAGAGGGAGUGGAAAAUUUCUCAUUUUGGUGAUAUUCCCCGAUAUGUUUUUCUGACAUCCAAACUUACACAAUACAUUGCACUCAGACAUUAUUAUUGUAUUUUAGUUUCAAUAUUUUGUAGAUUGCUGUUGAUAGUAUUGAAAUGUGGUUAGCUUAUAUCAUAUUUUAUAUAAUUAUUUUUACAUAUUAAAUCAAUUUAUAGCUUUGUAUUAAUUAUCAAAAUUUUCCACAUUGCUUUUAAGGCGAAUCUUCACAAUGAAAUAUUUUUAUGAAUUUUAUUCUAAGUACAUCACUAAACCAUCAAUUUAGAGCUAUUUUGAUCACUUAUUUAAGUUAGAAAAUCAAUUUCCUAAAAUCAUAUUGAUGGAUUGUUAUAAUAGGUUUUAAUUAAUAGACAUUUUGUUAUUGGUUUUAUUUAUAGUUGUAUUGUUGUAUCAGUUGAUAUUUUAUGUAAGGGACUGUAACUACAUCAACAUAUUGAAGAGAUUAAUUUAUUGUAAUAUGUAUAGUGUAGUUGUGUUCAUUUGUGCAAUUUGACUUAUGUGUUUGUGAUCUGAUGUGAGCAUUCAUUUCUAUUAUGUGUAAUUUGUAUUAGUUCCUUAUUUUGUAGGUUUAAGAGUAUUUUUAAUUGUGAAAUCUGAAAAUCAUGCAUCCACAGCCAAAACUGUAGCAACCAUAAGGUACCUGCAACUUAUUGUUAGCAUCAGUUGUCAUAAAAGCAAUAAAUUCUUAAAGUAAACAUAUUCCGACUAUAACUAAGGCAGUUUACCAUUAUUAUUACUGUGUAUAAAGUCACCUACAAAUAAAUCCAAUAUUAAAGUCCAGCACAAACUAAGUCAUGAGAGAGUUUUUAUAUUUAAAAUGUGUUUUAGAUGUAGUAGGAAUAUGUUGAAUUUUCCUUGUAGUAAAUCUCGUAAAGUGCCGCGAAGGCGAUAUCUUAUUUGAGACUGAUGUUACCAAUAAGUGUGUGAGUAAAUGAAUGGAGAAUGCAACUUUACACACACCAGUCCCACCUGUGGAGUGAGUGGUACAGAGAUGACACUGGCAAUGUUUAAUAAAGUUUGUUAGCUAUUAGAUGUAGGACUUGAAUCCAGGCUGUACAAAUAAAUAUCUAGUUAUUUGUAGUGCAUUUUACAUUGUGAAAACAUCGUGCGCGUCUGUGGUAAUAGUCAGUAGGUUGAUAAUGUCCUGGAAAGGUUACUUAAUGCACAUUUACACUCCCUAUUAAAAUUAAUGAGUAACAUUGACGAAAUAUUUUCAUGAUUUUAUUUUUGACUAAUCAAGCUAAAGUCAUUGUGGACGAAAUCAUUAAUUAAAAUUAAAUUAUCAUAUCAAAUUAUACACAUAAACAUUUUUCUAAUUAUUGUCAGUGUGUUUUUAUUGUAAUUUGUAAAUCAAUUACUUUCUCUGAUCCUAACCAGACAAAUAAUGAAACUUUAUUUUGGUGUUAUUAUUAAAUAAUGACUUUGGAUUGGCUUUAUUAAAUCCAAGUAAUAUUAUGUGAUAAACAAGGUUUAUAUCACUUGAGGUUUUCAUUAUUUUGAAAGUGUGCUAUUUUUCUGGUUAGGCUUAAGCCUGUUUUGUAUAUUGACAUCUAUUUACUAUAAGUUACCAGUGUUAAAUGCUACAGAAUCUUCAAUCAUGAAGCACUAAUCUAACAUAAAACAAUGUCUUAUGUGGUGAAUUCUGGAUUGUAGAUGAUUUUCUUUUAUUGAGGAAUCAGUGAUGAAUUGUGAAUAAUCUUGUUAUAUUUUAUUUGGUGCCAUAAUUAAUUUCUUGGGGGUGGUCUUGUCAUUGUAAAUACUUAGAAUAUAACUAUGAUUUGUUUGCUUAGUUCUAUUAGUAAAAUCUGUUGAUAUUACCACAUAAUCCAACAGAAUCAGUUGUCACACUUUUCAGUAUUAAAUUAAUUCUUUGCACCAAUUUAGUGCGUCCUAAGAUGGAUAAUGAAAUCAUAUAUCGUUCAAUAUAGCUAGUCACUUAACAUAUUUCUUUUCAUAUACGACACACGCAAUGUGGUAAUAGCUUGGUGUCUAAGGCUUUAGAUUUUAGUAGAAUAUCAAUAUAAAUCGUCUGCUCAUUUCAUUUUUGCACAGUAUCACAAAAUUACCCAGUCCAAACUUAAUUUCAUUCAUUGCAAUUACAACUACAACUAGAAUUUUCGCUCAAAAUCCUUCUUAAUCUAACCUAUCAGAGUCCAGAAAUUGUGAUAAGCUUGAAUCUGUUCUUUCGUGUAGAUUUAUACUCGUGUGUCGUUUCAAAACUGCCUUAAACACUUCAGUGCACUUAUAAAGUCUGCUUCUUAUCGUAUUCAGGUGUACGAUUUUCGGUUGAUCGGUUGUAAAAAAGUUGCAUUAAUGAAAUGAGCUGACUUAGAUCGUCUAGGUAUUCUUAGGUUCUUUUUCCCUUUCAUCUGGUGCUUAUAUUGCAACAGCUGCUGUAUUUUUUUUCUGUAAUAAUUGUAGUAUCGCGAUUAACGGCAUUAUGAACUAGCCCAUUCUCAGAUCACUUUCAACCCAUUGUGUGGUGUGGAAAUUGUUCAAACCGUUUUUCAGUGAGAAAUCGAAAUCUAUUGUUUAGUACACUUCCAAUGAUUGCUUAUUUUGUUAGAAAAGAAAGCGACAUUCACCAUUUGGACAUUGUUUGAUACCUUAUUGCUGCAUAUUUUAAGCGUUUCGACAUCGCGUUUUUCAUGUGCUAUGCGACGGUUUUUAGUCGUCUCAAUUUAUAACAAUUAUUUUUAAAAUCGUAAGGAUAAUAAGAAAUUUCUGAUAUGUACCCUUCGUUACUAUUAUCAUUGUAUAUAACUCUAGAGUGAUUGUGUCCCCGGUAAUUAGGAGAUUCGAUAUCAGCUUGAUAUCCGCAGAUACCUUCAUUCCAGUAGCUUCACUACUUGCUCAUCAACACAAUUACGUUCUAAUGUGAACAUUUUAAGGCCAUUUUGGAUAUUAUAAACAUUAGUGUGACAGUAUGUGUAUUUGCGAACAGUUGUCUUUUUAUAUCUGUGCGUAUUAAUAUUAAAAUGUUCACGUUUAGAUCUAUUAUAUCGAGUGCCUAUAGCAUUGAAGUUCAAGUGUAAAAAGUCAGUUAAUUUCAGUAAUUAUUUGUCACCAUGUAUUGAUCUUCCAUAAAAUUACGA